UCUGUGUGGCUGGUACGGAUCAGGUCAUUCAAAUAACUGGCAGAAUUAACCAGCACAGCAGGAAACCUCAUGGGGUCAUUUGAUGCUAGAACCGUUAUACAGAGCCUACAAAAUGUUCCAAAUCUGAGAUACUUAUCCUGGUUACACAAGUUUAUAGAGGCUUAAUGCCAAGCACCCUCCCACUUGAUGGAUCCGCUUGGCGCCAGGUCAUGUUUUGUUGAUGUAGACACGCUGCCCUGCUGGAACGAUGAAGAGGUUGGGGAGGAAGUACCAGACUCCUCUCUGUGUUGGCAAGAAGUGUCUGAUGAGGGGAUCCACACCCCUUUUCCCUACAGAAAGGAUAUCAAUGAAAAGGUGAUAUUGUGGUGCGGUGAUGUGGCACUGCUGAACUGCACAGCCGUUGUAAAUAGCAGCAAUGAGACGCUCACAGACAAGAACCCGGUGUCAGACAGUAUCUACAGGUUCUCUGGGCCUGAACUGCAGGAGGCCAUGCAGAAGCUGAAAGGGUGCAGAACAGGGGAGGCAAAACUCACCAAGGGAUUCAACCUGGCUGCUCGCUACAUCAUCCACACCGUAGGCCCCAAGUACAAGAGCAAGUACCGCACGGCAGCCGAGAGCUCGCUGUACAGCUGCUACCGCAACGUCCUUCAGCUGGCUAAGGAGCAAGCCAUGUCAUCUGUAGGCUUGUGCGUCAUCAGCACCCAGAAGAGAUGUUACCCUUUAGAGGACGCCACUCACAUAGCACUGCGCACAGUACGUCGGUUCCUGGAGACCCAUGGGGCAGCGCUGGAGAAGGUUGUGUUUGCUGUUAGAGAGCAGGAAGAGGACACAUACCGAAGGCUACUGCCCCUGUACUUCCCUCGCUCUUUCGAUGAAGAGCGCUCCUCCUUGCCCAACCUGCCCCAAGACAUUGGGAAUGCAGAUGGAGAACCAAUAGUCCCCGAGCGUCAGAUACGAAUCAGUGAGAAACCCGGAGGGCAUGAAGAGGACUCGGAGGAGGAGGAUGGCCUGGGGCAAGAUCUGUCUCUCAUAGGCUCACAUGCAUUUGCCCGCAUGGAAGGAGAUGUGGACAAGCAGAGGCGCCUCGCCUUGCAGGGACAGAUGUCUGGGGCAGCCCAGCAGAAGCAGCAUCAGCGCAAUUACAAUCGCUGGCUGUCUCGGGCACGAACAGAAGACCUGUCUGACAUUGCAGCAUUGAAAGCCCUGUACCAGUCAGGAGUGGAUAGCUGUGGCCGGACCGUCAUUGUGGUUGUAGGAAGGAAUAUUCCUGUGUUACUCAUAGACAUGGAGAAGGCUCUCUUGUAUUUCAUCCACAUGAUGGAUCAUAUAGCGGCUAAAGAGUACGUCCUGGUAUAUUUCCACACACUAACUGGCGAACACAACCAUCUCGAUUCCGACUUCCUGAAGAACAUGUAUGAUAUUGUAGAUGGCAAGUACAGGAAGAAUUUACGGGCUCUAUAUUUUGUCCACCCAACAUUUCGUUCAAGGGUUUCCACCUGGUUUUUCACAACUUUCACUGUGUCAGGACUAAAGGAUAAAGUUCACCAGAUUGAAAGCUUGCAGCAGCUGUUUACUGUUAUCUCCCCGGAGCAGAUUGAGAUCCCACCAUUUGUCUUGGAUUACGAUGCCAGGGAAAACGGACCAUUUUUCCAGUCACACUCAUCAUUCUCAGGCCUCUGACCUACUCCCCCCCCACCCGCCAUGAAGAUGUCCUAGAGGUGGAUCCCCUUGAGAGGAUUAAAGGCUCCCUGUGCGGCUCCUCUGCACAAGUCGGUGUGCGUUUUGGAUGGACAUUUGUUUUGCAGAUAUGGGCUGCUGCGUGCCCCUCUGACAUGGGAGAUGCAGCUGUAGGCUUCUCCUGCCCUAUUUUAUUUAUAUGUCUGUGUGCCCUUGUGUGGGUACAACCGCCGGAUGUCUGCUACUCCAGCAUUUCCCAGUCAACCAGGUGGCCAACUCUUUGUUCAGUAGAGAGUUUUCCUAAAUUUUCACAAAAUAAAUUCCCUUAUAAUGUG